AUGAAGAGGGGAGGAUUGUUUUCGACUAUUCCCUCAGUCAAUACAAACACCAACAACAAUACAACAUCAUCUUCAUCUGCUCUCUAUCAAAGAUCCUCAAUUUCGAAUAACAAUUCGAAUAAUUUAAAUGAUAGAAUUUCUUCACCUUCCGAUAAUUCGAAUUUUCGACCAAUUUCCACUUCUGUUGGUCAACAGCCUUUCAAGUUUAAUCCAUCACCAGUUUCGUCUCCAACUUCAACCUUUCCAACAACUAAUUUUACUGGAAAUCGGUUAAAUAUUUCCUUGACACAUCAAGAACGAAAUUCUAAUAGUAGUGGAGUUUCGUCUGGUGUUUCUUCCUCCUCUUCAAUUUUACCACUAGUUUCGAAUAACCCUUCUUCCAUCAAUAGAAAGAAUGUCAACAUUCCAAUGAAUUUUUCUCCAAUUAGAGGAGCCAAUAGUUUAUUCCGAAAGAGUUGGAGAAAUUCCAGUGGAGGUUUCUGCUGUAAUUUAUCCUAUUUCGUAUUGGGAAUUAUUUUCUUCAUUUCCUUUCUGACUUUUAUUGUUUUUGUUUAUUAUUCAAUGAAAAAAUCAAAUUCUGCAUCAAAUUCUUUAAAUUCAGGAAAUUCACUUGGAGGAGAUGGAAUGAAUACGAAACAUUCCGAAUCUACAUUGAUUCUGUCAACUGUUCAGGAUUUUUUCACACGUUUGAGGACUAAGAAUGAUCAUAGAUUGAAAAAUGUGCCACUCGAGGAAGGAUACAGUCAAUUGUUUGAACACGAAAAGGCAGAUCAGGAAACUUUGGAAAGGGCAAGUGACAAGCUCACUAAAGAAAUGAAAGAGGAAAUGUUAAAAGUGAAGGAAUUUUAUAAAAAGACUCCAAUCAGUAAGGUAUUUGUGGCAGUUGUGAAUGAUCACUCUCAAGUGAUGAGUGCUCUGAUUGUGGCCAAACAGGAAAGACUUGUGCCAUCCCACUUGUCUUUGCCAAUUCUUCAUGUGGAUUCUCAUUCAGGUCACAAAAUAAUUCAACACUCAAAGAGUUUGCCAGUUUUGGAUUUGAAAAAGAAGAAAUCAAUUACAGCAAUUGAAAAGAUGACUGAUAUCAAUAAUUUCAUUUCCACAAGUCAAUAUUAUGAUUUAUUGGGAGGACACGUUGUUUGGGUUCACAAUGAUUGGGAAGGAUCUCAUUUUGCAAUGCCAAGAGGUAGACAUACAGCAGUUCUUGCCAAGAGAUCCAAUGCUAAAAAGGGAAAACCAAAGAUUUGCUACAAGAAUAUGCGUGGAAUUUUCUGGGAUGGAACUGUCAGUGAUUUGACAUUUGAAACCAUGGUAGAUGAGAAUGGCAAGAUUUACAAGAAUGAAAAGGCAGUUUGCACAAAAUCUGAAAAAUUGAAAAAGCAAAAACAUGUCAGAUGGGAUGUUUAUUCGAUGGAUCAAAUUUCUCGAUUGAAUCAUCAAAUUUUCAACAAUACUCCAUAUAUUUUACAUUUGAAUGAGGAUUUUUUCACUAGCACAGAUCCAACGCUUGCUAGUUUACUUCCAAGGGAUGAAUUUGGACACUUGUUUGAUAUGUUAGCUAAUCUCCUCUCUCCAAGUAAGAUUUGCUAUUCAAAGCCAAUUAAAAUUCCAACUAAGGAAGGAGUGGAUAAGGUCUGGACCAAUGAGGAACACAAUAGAGAGUGGAUUUCAAAGAUUAUCGAUGAGCUCUUCUUUAAGGGAUUAAUUUUUGAAAAGGAGGGUACCAGAGCUCCUAGAUAUACAUUCUAUUCACCAGAAGUUUUGGAAAUGUGGUGUGGUGGACCAAAAGUAGCUCUGGAAGAAUUGAAAAAGAUUAACAAGUUGGUUCUCAUCAUGUUGGACAAUAUUCCAUUCUAUACUCUCUCAUUAUUGAGAUAUGAAUAUGAUUUUCCAACUAUUCACCAAGUUUGCAAUGUGAACAAUUUAUUUGGAGUUUGUCCUUCUGUUAGGAGCCCAGCUCAUGAAUCAACUGAUGUGCAAGUUACCAGAGUUUCAGAUUCUUUGAAGAAUGUUAUCAAGAGAGAAGGUUUACCUGCCUUGAUUAUUCUUUCCAGAGCUAAUAGAGAGGGAUUCGUCAGUGCUGAUAAAUUAUACAAGAUUGAACAUUCAGCUCUCAAAGCCAUUGAAAAAGGACUCUCUGCUCCAAUCUUGCUUCACUAUUUGGAUGGUGCCAAACCACUUUCAGAAGCACAAGAAUCAAACAAUCAAUUGGAACAAGAAUAUUCCAUUUUGCAACACGUUGUCGAGCAAGAUAUGGAUGAUUUGAGCGUCUAUGCACCACUCAUGACUGAUAGAAUUGAAAAAUUCAAACAAAUGAAGAAAUUCAUCAAGUACAAGGAACUGAGAGUGAUGGAAUUAUUCUAUGAAGGUCAAGAAUUAUUGAAAGAAUUUGUCAAUCAAGUGGAAGAAAACUUGAGAUUUGAAACCCCAAUUGUCAAGACUCCAUAUCAAUCUCCAAAGACUCGUAUCAAGAUUUGCAUCAAUAUGAUUGGUGUUUCCAAAUUAAUUCCACCUUAUUUGAAGUGUGUGAUUCAAAGAAUGAGACAAGAGAAGAGAAUUAAUUUCCUAAUCAGUGAAAAAUUAGUAGAAACUGCAGGAGAAUUCAGACAAAUCAUCACCUCAGAUAUUCAAAUUGCCAAAAUCAGUAAUCAAGUGAAGGAGGACAAGUUUAUUUUAUUGAUGGAUAUAGGAUGUGACAAUAUUCACAAAGUUUUAGUUCAAACCGAAAGAGGACUCAACAAGUAUUUCAGUUCCAUGCAAACCAAUGUGGAUGGUAAAUUAAUUCAUGACAUUAUGCAAACUCAUUCCAAGAGUUGUAGAAAAUAACGAAUUGAAAUCAAUCAAUAUACAAUUAUGGAGUUUAAUAUAAUUUAUUCGAAAUAUAUUUACAAAAAUAUAUAAAGCAACAAUUACUUCUUCAAAGAUGGUGAAUUAGUUGGCACUCUGACCUUCUUUCCUAAAAAAUCAGCAACUUUGACCAUAGUUAAUGGAACUGGAUAAAUUGCUGAAUUGACAACUGCUACUGGAAUCCAUCCAUUAGGUUUUGCUUGAUUGGCAUAGGUCACUAAAUAUGAUUUUUCUGAGAUUUUCUCAUAACGUUGAGCAACGAAAAUGUUUGUAGCUCUGACAGCUCCCUUUUGUGGUUUGAAAUCUGAAGGAGGUUCAUAAAUUUCAUCACAACUGGUUGACACAAAGUAAUCAACAUUAUCCCUCGUAAAGAAUUUGACAACAUAAAUGAAAUCUCUAUCAGAAACAAAUGGAGCUCCAGCAGAAAUGCAAUAAUAACAAAUUCUCCACUUGGAUCCAUCAUCAUCUUUCCAUUCUUCCAAUAAAUCAACUCUCUUUGAAUUGGGAUCCAAUUUUGUGGCAAUAUUCAUGUCCAAAGAAGUGAAAUAUUCAAUAAAUUCGUUUGAAUUUUCCAAAUCAUCAACAAUGACAUCUCCUCUAAUGACUGUAGUUGAAUCCCCCUUCAAUUCAUAAACAUCAACCAAUUGUUUAGUGUGAUGAUAUUUCAUUUCACCAUUUUCGCUAUCGAUGGCUUUUUGGCUGGUCAAUUUAUCAGCAAUUUCAAAAGCUUGUUGCCAUUUUUCAACGACUUUUUGUUUGAUCGACUCGGAGAGAACCAUUUUCUAUUUCUGCACGUGAUGAGUUAUUGGAGGUGAAUUAGGAAUCAGCAAGGGAGCGGUUGAUUUGUUUUUC